CCCAUGAGCUGAGCAGGGCCAAUCCAUUAUUCCCGUCGUCGAAACUUCACCUGGCUGUUCAUAUUGCAUUCGUUUGGUGCACCGCCGUUGUUGUUGAUAUCAUGUUGCGAUCCUCUCUCAUCAAAGCGCCUCGCGGCCUUCGCCGGCCCAUGGCCACAGCUGCCGCCGCCGCGCAGACGUCAUCUAAGAAGGAGGGAGACAUUUCGGAUGCCUUUGUUUCUCUGUCCGGUGUCGAGCGCCCGCCACUGCCCGACCGGUUCCGGCAAUUGAAAUGCGACCUUGUAAGAGGGCGCGAGGGCGCCAUCAAGCAGAGCUGGGGCAAGCUGCUCCGCGAACUUCGCAGGGAGAACGACAUCAUCGCUGCCAAGGGGCCUGCCGUCGUCCCCCAGGUCGAGUUCAAUGAUCUCGAGGCUGGCAUCGAAGGCUUGAAAGGCGAGAUUCAAAAACGAGGUGCCGUCGUGGUCAAGGGUGUUAUCCCGGAGGCCGAGGCCAGGGCUUACAAGGAGGAGAUUGAGGAGUAUGUGAAGAAGAACCCAUCCACUAGAGCGUUCCCGCAACACGACCCUCAGGUCUACGAGCUGUACUGGUCCGCACCGCAGCUCAAGGCCCGCUCGCACCCAUCCUUCCUCCACGUCCAACGCCAGCUCAUGUCCAGCCUCUGGAGCAAAUCCUCUCCGACGUCGCGCAUCUCGCUCGACCACCCGCUUAUAUACGCCGACCGGCUGCGCAUCCGCCAGCCCGGCGACGCGGCGUUCGCGCUGGGCCCGCACAUGGACGGCGGCAGCGUCGAGCGCUGGGAGCCCGAGGGCUACGGCCGCGGCGCCGUGUACGACGCCGUCUUCGAAGGGCGGUGGGACGAGUACAACCCGUGGGACGCCAGCGGCCGCGUCGAGGCCGUCAACAACCUCUACGACGGCUUGGGCUCCUGCACCAUGUUCCGCAUGUGGCAGGGCUGGAUGAGCAUGAGCCGCACGCGCCCGCGCGAGGGCACGCUGCUGGUGAACCCGCUGGUCAAGCUGUCGACGGCGUAUCUACUGCUGCGGCCGUUCUUCGAGGCCGUGGGCGGUGCGCCGGGGACGCCGGGGUAUCUGGAUGAGAAGAACUGGCGGUUCACUGGCGUCGAUGAGAUGACGAGCGAGCUUCAGGGGGCGACGCCCGGCACGGGACAGGAGUUUACUGACGAGCUGCAUCCUCACUUGGAGCUGGAUAAGACGAUGGUUCACAUGCCCGAGAUCAAGCCGGGCGACUACGUUGCAUGGCAUUGCGACACAAUCCACUCGGUCGACAAGGUGCACAUCGGCACGGGCGACUCGAGCGUGCUGUACAUCCCCGUGUGCCCGACGACGGAGACCAACGCGGCGUACGCGGCGCGGCAGCGGGCGGCCUUCCGCGCGGGGACGCCGGGGCCGGACUUCCCCGGCGGCGCGGGCGAGACGCGGCACGUCGGCCGGCCCACGGAGGCCAUGCUGCGGGGCUGGGCCGGCGCCGCCGGGGGGAGGGCCCUGGGCCUGGAGCCGCAGGUCGCCGGCGACGGGUUGACGCCCGGGCAGCGGGAGGCGAUUGAGAGGUCGAAUGCUGUGUUGGGGUUCUAGCUGGGGAUUAUUUCCUGGGCGAGAGAAAUUUAUCUCAUAUGUGAGCUUGAUGAGUUUGGCUAGGAAGAUGGCCCUGUAUUACUGUACGAAACCUCAGAGGUCCGGGAUGAAUGGCAUAAGCAGUGAUCAACAUCCUGACUAUUAUCAAUUUGAAUACUAUUCAAUUAAUCAAUUUGACCGUAAAGGAUCUAACG